AAAAACCAUAACCUAACAUGCGGCACUGCUUCGGUCUGAUAUUUUUUUUUUGGAGGAAACUUGGAAAUUUGGCUGAUUUCUACAGACGUACACGAACCUCAUCCACAAAUCUCCAUUUCACUUCACCUCACACGUAACACCGUCGCCAAUACACAACUAUGUCAUUAGAGGCUCUACUACCACAUAUGGCUGCUCGAGUUUCUCCGAAUUUGGUCAGUGGUCAGAGAUUUUCUCCGGUUGGUAAUUUCUACCCCUCUUCUCAGAUACUCUUCAAAUCUCCUGGACCAUUUCAAAUCAGAACACGGAGAUUUCCAUCCAUUGCAUGCCAAGGCAACCCUACUCCCUCAGAUUCUUCUCCUGUAACGGAGAAGCCAUCUGCCGAACCUAGUUCAGGUAAUGAGUCUAAUGACAAAUCAGGCCAAGUUGUGACUUCCUCUUCUAAUGCUGGCCUUCCUGAACUUCCAAACAAAGAAGUGAACAAGAGGAUAGCUGUGUUUUCCACUGUUGCGGCAUUAGGGCUUUUCUUAUCAACACGUUUAGAUUUUGGUGUUUCAUUGAGAGACCUCACUGCCUUGGCACAGCCAUAUGAAGCGGCUUUGGCAAACGGAAAACCAACAGUUGUGGAAUUCUAUGCAGAUUGGUGCGAAGUAUGUAGGGAACUAGCACCAGAUGUAUACAAAGUUGAACAGCAGUUCAGGGAUCGAGUGAACUUUGUGAUGCUGAAUGUUGACAACACAAAGUGGGAGCAAGAGAUAGACGAAUUUGGUGUUGAAGGCAUCCCACAUUUUGCAUUCUUGGACAAAGAUGGUAAUGAGGAAGGGAAUGUGGUUGGCAGGCUACCUAGACAGUACUUGCUGGAAAAUGUGGACGCUCUAGCACGUGGUAAGGAUUCUAUUCCCCACGCACGUGUUGUUGGCCAAUUUUCAAAUGCAGAGGCUAGAAGGAUUCACCAAGUUGCUGAUCCUAGAAGUCAUGGAUAAAUUUUCCCAUGAUCAAUUUUAUGUCAUAUUGUACUAUAUCAGUGUACAUCCAUGAGGUACUGUUAUACAAGUAUUGUACAUUAUGUAUCCGCUAAUUCCAUUCAAUGGAAACUGUAAAAAUUUGCAAUAGCAAAGUAGUUAUAUCUUAUUAACGCUCCCCCCUCUGCAGUAGUAUAUUUUGGCAUCCUUUCAUGUACUCAUGUUACUUGAUGUAAAUGUUGAACUUAUUCUAAACA